CGUAAAUGCGGAAGUGGCUCGAAAACACGGAAGUGAAAACAGACGGUCAUAUUUAAGGGCUCGUUGUCGCCACAGCGGAUCAUUAUUUCCCUCCUCCUCACCUCGGGAGUGUGACUGUCUGUGUGCGCGCCGGGAAGAGAACGAGACAUCGGGAUGGAGAAGUCGUUGAUGCUGGCGCUGACCGUCAGUCUGGUGGCGGCGGUGAGCUGCGGGAGAGUCGUCACCAAGGCCCAGAUUUUGGGUUUCGACUGGAAGAACUGCGGUCAGCCCGACGCUCCUGCCGUGCUGAAGACCCUGAACGUGUCUCCGGACCCCGUCACCAUCCCAGGAGAACUGACGGCCUCCGCCUCCGGAUCCACGUCUGUGGAACUCGCCACUCCCCUCUCCUUGAACGUGACCCUGGAGAAGCAGGUGGCUGGUCUGUGGGUGAGGGUCCCCUGCGUGGAGGAGCUGGGCAGCUGCCACUACCGGGACGCCUGUGACAUCCUGAGCCAGCUGAUCCCGCCCGGCCAGGACUGUCCCGAGCCGCUGCACUCGUACGGACUGCCCUGCCGCUGCCCCUUCAAGGCCGGCUCGUACUCGCUGCCUCAGUCCGACUUCUUCCUGCCCGUCCUGGAUCUGCCCGACUGGCUGACCAAUGGGAACUACCGGGUCCAGGGCGUCGCGGGCAGCGGGGGCAAAGAGCUGGGCUGCGUGAAGGUCGCCCUCUCGCUUCACUCCGACUGAACCGCACCACCGACGGUGCGGCCCGGAGGAGGAGGAGGAGGAGGAGGAGGAGGAGGAGGAGGAGGAGGUCUGAGGUUUCCUCUUUUAUCUUUUUCUUUCUGGUUUUGAUUAUUUGCACAUUGAAAGAAAAAUUGGGAAACGAUAACUUUUUUCUUUAACAAUCAAAACAGAUUCAUUUUGAUUUUUUAGUGAAAGUUUUCCCUCUUUGUUUUGAUCCAUCUGAGCCAUUUUGUAUUUUUCUAUUUACCAGGAGCAGCUUCACUUUACCUGCUACAGCUCGUCAGCUGUUCACUAGGUGAUUAUUAAAAUAGUCUGAGAAUUUAUUAAAGGAAAAAAAGGCUAGAAAACAAACAAACAAGCAUAGCAAGUUCUGUCUUUUGUGAUGAUCUGUCAAAUUUUUUUUUGAAUUGUUUUUGUUUUAUUUGAACCAGGAAUUUUUUUGACAGUCUGAAAUUAUCAUAUUUUAUCUUCAAUGCAUUCAUCCAUAAAAAAAAAAAUUUGAAUCAAAAAUGAAGUCAUUGAUAUGAUUUUUAGUUCAUUUGCCUUAAUGUUUCACAUUUGUUUUUUUCUACUGUUACGAUGAUUUUUAAUAAACUUUAACUCACAUAAA